AGCUGAAGCGCUGUUUGCAGUUACAAGCCAUGCGGGAAGCAUCAGAGGAUGGCAACUACGACACCUUGGUUGCGCAGGUCACGAAAGCACGAGUCGCGGGCUGUCUUUUACAAGAUAUCGAGAAAGCAGAAGCGGUAAUCAAGAAGCUGAAAUCGGAACGCAAGCACAUCAAUGAGGGCUGCGACCACGAGACGUUACAGAACUACAUGACGUGGGAGAAAGUAACAGAUCGUGGCGGAAAGGCGGUGCCCUCAAAGCUCGGAGAGGACUAUGCCACUGCCGGUGCUUCCACGGGUGCUAGUGGGGGCGGCGGAUCCGAACAAAAGUGUGGCGCGUCUUCGUCAACACCUGCAAAUGCUAGUAGUAAAGGCAAGGCUACAGCCGCUAAUGCAUCGAGCAGGAGAGGUAGUCGCAGCCCAGUGAAAAGCAUGAAAGCUCCUGCGGAGAGCAAGAGCAAGGAAAACAACGUUUCCGAGGAGGUAGACAAAACGGAUGAGGUGAAAAG